AUGUCGAGGCUGAUGAGAGAUCCUCUUGCUGUUGGGCGUGUGAUAGGGGAUGUUUUGGACCCCUUCACUAGGUCUAUCUCGCUCAAUAUCACUUAUAAUAACAGAGACCAUGUCACUAAUGGCUGUGAGCUCAAACCUUCUCAAGUUGUCAAUCAACCUAGGGUUGAUGUUGGUGGAGAUGAUUUAAGGACCUUCUACACUUUGGUUAUGGUGGACCCUGACGCACCUAGCCCCAGUGACCCAAAUCUCAGAGAAUACUUGCACUGGUUGGUCACUGAUAUUCCAGGAACUACAGGGGCAAGCUUUGGCCAAGAAGUUGUGUGCUAUGAAAGCCCACGACCAUCGGUGGGAAUUCAUAGGUUUGUUUUCAUACUAUUUCGGCAAUUAGGAAGACAAACAGUGUAUGCACCUGGGUGGCGUCAGAACUUCAACACUAGAGACUUUGCCGAGCUUUACAACCUUGGAUUGCCCGUUGCCGCUGUUUACUUUAACUGUCAAAGGGAGAGUGGCUCCGGUGGAAGGAGACGUUGA